GUUGGAAAACAAAUAAUAUAACCUAAAAGUUUGGCAUUUUUGAUAUUGUUAAUAUUUGUUAAUUAAUUUAUAAUAAAAAAAAAACAACGCUAAUAACUGAUGCACUAUGAACGUAACGUUGUGAGCAUAACACUAACCAACCGUUUACGUGUUGCAUGUGAAGUAGUCAUAUGUACAAAUUCAAAUUCUACUCUUGUAUGAAAAUAACGAAUGUGUAAUUCUAUACUUGCGAAAAUGGUUCACAUGAAGUGUAGAUCAAAGGUUUAUCCGUUUAGUAACAUAAACAGAAUAGUUUUUCCCGAUAGUUUGGUAGAUUGGAGUCAACCUUUUCCUGACUAUAGCCCAGAAGAAUACAACUCACCUGGCUUAAAAGGAAAACCGUAUGCAGAUCCUGACUUGGAUGAUCCAAAUUUUCAUCCCAAAUGGAACUCAUUAGAUGGUAACAUUAACCGUAAAAGUCAUAUUGGAGACUAUGCUGUACUGAAUGGAAGACCCCUUAAUCCUGAAGGAAGAACGGGUAUAAAAGGACGUGGAGUUUUAGGCCGUUGGGGGCCAAACCAUGCAGCUGAUCCAAUAGUGACACGAUGGAAAAUGGAUAAUGGGACUAAAAUACUACAUACAGUUACCAAGCUAGCUAUUUUACAAUUUUGUGCCAUUCAGAGACAUGAUACACAUGAAUGGGCAGUACCAGGGGGUAUGGUUGAUCCUGGAGAACAAGUAAGUAUCACCCUUAAAAGAGAAUUUAUGGAGGAGGCAAUGAAUAGUCUUCAGAGUUCACCAGGUCAAUUAGAAAAGAACAAACAAAUGGUUGAAAAGUUUUUUAACACAGGGGAAAUUGUCUAUAAAGGAUAUGUAGAUGACCCAAGAAAUACUGAUAAUGCUUGGAUAGAAACAGUAGCUGCAAAUUUUCAUGAUGAAGAUGGUACUUCAGUAGGGCAAUUUGAAUUGAAUGCAGGGGAUGAUGCCAAAAAUGUAAAGUGGAUGGACAUUGAUAAGAAUUUAAAUUUGUAUGCAAGUCAUUCUCAAUUAAUUCAGUAUGUGGUGAAGUUGAGAGGGGCACAUUGGUAAGGAAAAAAGAAGGAAAUAAUGUUUGUUUUUGAAAAAUAAAGUGAUAUUUUUAAAUAAUAUUCGUUUAUUUUAUUACUUAUUCUUAUAGUUUUGUAAGUUAUAAUUUGUACUAGUAUUAUGCACAACAAAAAAUUAUAAUAAAUAUUUUAAACCUC